UAGAAGUAGUUGUGCUGUGGCUUGGGAGUAUGAAGGACUAUGUGUAUAUAAAUAUGAGGCAUCCGUUGUAUAAAUAUUGAAACAUGACCGUCUUUCGACUGAUAAACGCAGGAAUGCCUGAUGUAUGAGUUUAUCGGCUCAAAAGGUCUCAAAACGCGGUACGCUCGCCGCUCGAGAGAUGCUGUCGGGCUCCAUCCUAGCAUUUGAAUUUGUAAAUAAAAUGUAUAGAUAAAAACAGCCGCUAUUGACAUUGACACCUUUCGACAGUUGGAGAAAUUUUGGCAAAAUUGGAGACUGAGGCAAUUCGAACAACAAUGGACGAAAACUUAAGCAGAGGAUACAUACAGUUAGGGAAAGCCCGAACAGCAAAUGACUUCAGAUUUACAAAUGGUUUCAGCCAUCUCUCGCCGCCAAUUGAUAAAUGUAAUUGCAUAUAUUUUGCGCUUGUAUUGGCUGGAGUCGGAUUUCUUCUUCCGUAUAACAGCUUCAUUAUUGCCGUGGAUUAUUUUCAAGCUCGUUAUCCUGGGACUACCAUUGUGUUUGACAUGUCAUUAGUUUACAUUGUGAUGGCAUUUUUUGCCGUGCUUGCAAAUAAUGUUUUAGUUGAAACAUUGUCCUUGGACACCCGCAUCACAUUUGGUUAUCUGGUAUCAUUCAUAACAUUAUUUUUUGUAGCGGUAUGUGAAAUAUGGUGGGAAGCAUUUGGAGCAUCUACUUCAUAUACUAUAAAUCUAGUAGCUGUUGCUGUUGUUGCUCUUGGCUGCACAGUACAACAGUCAAGCUUUUAUGGGUAUACUAGUAUGCUUCCAAGCAGGUAUACACAAGCUGUAAUGGCUGGAGAAAGUGCAGCCGGAUUUCUUGUGUCCAGUAAUCGCAUUAUAACGAAGUUGCUGCUAGAUGAUCAGCGCGUGAACACUAUUAUCUUCUUUGUGAUGUCAGUGGCGAUAAUAGCAUUGUGCUUUGGACUGCAUCAGGUGGUUAAGAGGACAGAUUUUGUACAGUUUUAUAUAACUCUUUGUAGAGAAUCACGUAAGAUUGUGCUAGAGCCAACAGAGGAUGUUGGUUUGAUGGACACUUUGGAUCAAAAUGACACUGCUACAAAAAGUCAGUAUGGUGUUCUGAAGCUGCAGCAGAGUCCAUUAGCCACAGAUUCGGGCACAAGCAGCUCAGACAACAACCUAGGUGUAGGAGGCUCUGGCAGUGGAGCUUUCAGUUUCUGCAAUCCUGUGUAUGAACCCACAGGCACUGGAGUGGGAGCUACAGCAGCUGUUGGAGGCACCACUACAUAUAAAGUUGAAGAUGUUGUAGUACGCAUGCGUUCCACUUACAGUAGCCACCCAUCAACUGGGAAGGCAUGGGGAGGUUUAAAGAGAGGACUUCUUGCUAGAUGGGAGGUUGCAAAAACAAUAUGGCCUUACAUGCUGUCUAUUGGCCUUGCAUAUUUUGUUACUCUCUGUCUGUAUCCUGGCAUUGAAUCUGAAAUUGUGAGCUGCACACUAAAAAGUUGGAUGCCAGUUGUUCUCAUGGCCAUCUUCAAUGCUGCAGAUUUAGUAGGAAAAGUCCUGGCAUCUAUCCCGUAUGACUGGUCACGCACACAGCUUAUUGUUUUUGCAUGGGUUCGAACAAUGCUGGUCCCACUGCUUCUCUUGUGUACAACUCCACGUGGAAGCCCUGUAAUUUCUGGAGAAGGCUAUCCAAUGUUAUUCUCACUGAUACUGGGAAUCACAAAUGGAUUAGUGGGAAGUGUACCUAUGAUACAGGCUCCUAGCAGAGUCUCAGAAGAACACCGUGAACUAACUGGUAAUAUCAUGACUUUAUCGUACAACAUUGGACUGACUGCAGGCUCACUUGUUGCCUAUCUACUUGAUGCAAUAAUAGGGCCACCACUACCAGGCAAUGGAUGUAAAAUUCACACUCAUUAUCAGAACAGAUCAAGAGCAACACUGGUGUCAAGUGUCACUAAAACAAACCAUAAUAUUACAAGCACAGUUCCAACAACACUCUUGUCCUCUGUUGCCGGUGCCACUGAAUCUUCAGCAGCAAAUGUCAGUACUCUUUUGCUAGCUACCAUUACUAGUACUGUAAUAGCCUCUGUUUCUCAGGUAGUAAAUAUGCCUACAUCUGAGUCAUCUGUUCUGAACUAUGGAAAUGUGUCAACAGGAUUUUCAACAUCUUUAGAGCCUUUCUAGUUUAUUCUUCAUGCUCCAAAAGCAAGGGUUGUCUAGCAUGAUAACUAAUGUGUAUUAAUAGUGUGUCCAAACUGCAGUUUUUUGAGAGAGACUGAUCAUAUUUUUUGUCUUCCUAUCAUUAUCUCACUUUUCCAGAUUUACAUGCAUAUUAGUUGAUGUGCUGACAUUGAUUUCUUAUUUGAAAGAUAUACAAUAGAAAUAUUGCAGCAGUUUGAUAUAUAUGUUGAGUAAUGUUUCCUUUCAGAUUUUUAAAAUGUGCAUUAUAUGGAAUUAGUUCAGUCUCUCAAGUUAUUGGUGGCAUUAAAGUACUGUAGAUGCAUCAUUUUUUAAGAAGAAAAGAAGAACAAAAUUACUAUGUUUUGAUGAAUCCUUUUGUUUUUGCAAUAUAAAUUUAGAACACUUUUAUCAUUACAAAAGUACAGUGUUCAGUCCAAAAGGUUAUGUUUUGUAUAUAUGUCUAACAUUCAGUUGGUGUAGUACCCAAGUUAUUAGGUACAGACAGAAUAUGGUACAUUUAAUGAAUUGUAAACAAGAGUUCUGCUGCCUGCCAUUUACAUUGAUGUAAUUGUAUUUUUAUUUUUUUUUUUACUUUUAUUUUUAUUUAUUUAUUUAUUGUGGUUUAUGAGUAAAAAAUAAGUUUAACAUCUAGCACAAGAAGUCUUAUGAGCGGAGCAUUUUUGUCAGGUAUUUAAUAUUUUGGAAUCCAUCCAUUAGCAACAUUUGUGUCUAGGCUGCCAAUCUCUCUCUCUCUCUCUCCCUCUCUCUCUCUCUCUCUCUCUCUCUCUGCCUGUGUGUGUGUGUGUGUGUGUGUGUGUGUGUGUGUGUGUGUGUGUGUGAGAGAGAGAGAGAGAGAGAGAGAGAGAUGGAAGAGUGGGAGGUAUUCUUCAUGUGUCUCAGAAGUUAGCAAACCUGACAGUUUUUCUCUGUUGGUCCUUCUCUUAUAAAUUCUUCAACUAUUGUCACAAAGGCAUUUUCAGUACAAAAAUUAAUAUAGGUUUGUACCUUUAGACAGAACAUUGGAAAUUUAUUUUUAGACAUGAAGUUAAAGACUUUAUAAAUAAUGAUGAAGUACUGAGCAGAAACAUAACAAGAAAUAAAUCAGAAUGUACCACUAAAAGUUUUAAUAUCCACAGAUAUUGAAAAAUUAGAUUGCCUCUACCAUGAAG